AUGGUACAUGACCGUCAUCUCUAUGCCUUGCGCAGUUUACCAUUUCUUGUCACCUAUGGAAAUGUAUUGGUGAUUCUUAAUUUUAUUGUGGGUCUGAAUCUUUCACAAGAGGAAUUAUUUCCAGGAGUUGCAACUUCAUUACUUAUUGACUUAGAUUUGAAACCUUAUUCUGUUCCCUGUGUCCAUCUGGGAGCCAAGAUUUUAUAUCAGUUAACUUUCUGGUUAUUGUUGAAGCAGUAUGUGAUGCAAAAACAGAAGCAAAAAGAGGAGGAAUUUCUCAAAGAAGUUAUAGUACAUCAAACUGAAUUGGACACACCGCAAAAUCUGUUUGUGGAAAUAUUUAAGAGGAUCCUAGUAAAAUACUGGAUUUACUUCUGUUCCAUCAUGUUCUUUAUUGUCAGCUUCAAUGGCAAAGUGGUCCUGUAUAAAAUUAUUUACAUUAUCCUUUUUCUGUUUUGUGUGGCUUUAUAUCAGAUUCAUUAUGAAGGAUGGCGACGAGUCCUGAAAGGAUUUUGGCUGCUAAGUGUCUCCUAUUCGAUGAUAGUCCUCAUUGCUUUAUAUACUUACCAGUUUGAGAUGAUUUCUGCAUUUUUCCUAAAAACUUUGGAAAUAUCAGAGGAAACAUUAAAAGAUUUGGGCCUUGAGCGGUUCAGCACAAAGGAACUUUUUACAAAAAUUAUAUUACCCUGUGCCUUUCUUCUGGUUUGUAUCGUUCAACUGCACUAUUUCCAUAAAGAUUUCCUGAAUAUCACAGAUCUGACCAAUAUUUCUGUGAAUCCAUCUCCUUCAUCUGGCAGGUAUUAUGUGCAGACUACUGUAUUUAAUAGAGAGAGAGAGAGAGAGAGAGAGAGAGAGAGAGAAAAGGAGGGAGAGAGAGAAGCAGUGGUAAAGAGGAAUAAAUGGGCAGAGGAGUUGGAAAAUUUGGCAGUUUGCCUUCUGAAGAUCAUAGCAAUAGCUCAGGAUAUGCAGGUGUUUGCAUGGAGAUUUCUGGAGCUGCACAUCCUUAAGAUUGUGUCUACUUGCACUAUCUGGAUUACACUUCAAGAGGUGUGUUUGAUGAACUACAUUUUCUUUAUUGUGUGGACAUUUGCUAUUCCUUAUUCUAAAUUUCGUCCCUAUGCCUCAAGAAUCUGUACAUUUUGGUCUUGUGUGAUGGUCAUCUGUAAAAUGUUAUACCAGCUGAAAUUUAUCAAGCCCUGGAAUUAUUCCUCAAACUGCACUCAGGUCAGUGAACUGUAUUUGAAUAUGACUUACCAUUCUAUCAAUGUUGAUGAGUUUUUGGAGAAAUCAUCUUUGUACGUGGCACCAAUUGACCCAGCACUCUGGAUUGGAGGACUGAUGAAGUGCAGUGACAAUAUUCUUCUUGCUCUAAAGAACCAUCUUACCAUCCUGAUUCUAAUGGCUUUUGAAGCAACAGUGUAUCGCCACCAAUAUUUUUACUGGACUCAGAACCAACUAUUACCACCUGUCACAGGUAGCCUUUUUAAUAAUAUUGCCCGGCAGAACUUGGAUGAAGGGCUACUCAACUGCAUCAAAUACUUUCUCAACUAUAGUUUUUACAAAUUUGGACUGGAGAUAUGCUUUGUGGCGGCAGUUAAUGUGAUUGGGAAACGCAUGGACCUCUAUGCACUUAUCCAUGCCAGUUGGCUGACUUACCUGUUGAGCUAUCGUCAGAGGAAAGCAAUAGCCCAAAUCUGGCCCAAAUACUGUUUCUUCCUUGCCAGCAUUGUGGCCUUUCAGUAUUUGCUUUGUAUUGGUCUUCCACCUGCUUUGUGCCAAGAUUAUCCGUGGAGAAGUUCCCACUGGUUGUUCCCUUCAAAUCUGAUUAAGUGGCUUUAUUUGCCUGAUUUUGCUGAAAGACCCAAUACUAAUUUUCUCUUGUAUGAUUUCCUUCUUCUGCUUUUUGCUUCCUUCCAAUGGCAAGUUUUUGAAGAUGAGGAUCAACCUGUAGUCAGGCUGCAAGCUGGAGAUAACUCAGAGAUUAAUCAAGAUUUGGGCCCAGCAGGGCUCAGUGAAUUCAGUCGGGUACCAAACUUUAUCUAUUGCAGAUCUUAUUUGGAUCUGAUCAAAGUGUUUAUAUUCAAAUACCUCUUCUGGAUUGCCCUUUGCCUAAUUUUUAUGACUGCAACAGCCAGGAUCAACAUCUUCUGUGUAGGCUACUUGGUUGCCUGCUUCUACUUUAUGCACUUUGGACAAAGCCUUCAUCUGAAGCCCUGCAGCGACAUUCUUAGACCAUGGGACUACUUGAUUGCCUACACUACUUUGGUUAUAACAGUAAAGAAUCUUCUUGCUGUUGGAGCAUGUGCAUACCUUAAUAAAUUACAAAUAAAUUAUUGUUGGCUAAUUCAGAUCUUUGCUAUGUAUUGCACAAUACCAGGAUAUAAAGUAGAUCCACCUAAUAAUGAGAUAUGUGAAUUGCCCAAGGAUGAAGCAGGAAUCCUGUGGGAUGCAGUAUGUUUCACAGUCUUACUGAUUCAGAGAAGAGUUUUUAUGAGCUACUAUUAUCUCUAUAUUGUGACUGAUCUCAAGACUACAGAUUUCUUAGCCUCCAGGGCGGCUGAGAUGUUUGAGUUGAAGCUGAAAAAAAGGGUGAAUUCUCGGAUGGAAGAAAAUAGAAAAUCAAUGGAAAUCAUGAAAAAGCAGAUGGACCUCAUUAAACCAAAAUUUAAAAACCAAAGCUCCUGCAAAGUAUUAGAAACAGAGUCUGAUCAGAAAUUGGAUGAGGAGGAUCCAGGAGAUGAUAUCAGCAAGAUGGAAAAAGGGAAUAAAAAGAAUUGGUGGCAGCCAUGGGUGACACAUAAUUCAGUGGUUCGAAGUGGGAGCUAUUACCUUUUUGAUACAGAUAGUGAAGAUGAAGAAGAAGAACAUGAACACUCUGAAAAGAGCAAAAAAGAAUUAUUUAAAAAGAAAACAGCAUGGCAGCUUGCAUAUGAAGCCUGGAUGAGCAAUGCAAAAUCAGCUCUAAAUAUGAGAGAGCAAGAUGAAAUUAGAAGUCAAAGAAAUAAAAAGGAGGAGGAACGGAAAAAUGAGCAAUUACGAGGGGUUGAAAGAGCUAAUGUCAGUUUGGAAUCCUCUGAUGAAAAUAUAGAGAUACUGGCUUCUGAAGAGGACUUGGAUAAGUCAGAAAGUAUUGUGCAAAGAAUAAUCAACAUUAUUAAGCUUAUCUCCAUCUUGAUGCGUGCAUUGAUGGAUGGUAUUAUAGAAGCCCUUAAUUCCCUCGUUAAAGAUAAUUUGGACAUUGCUGAUGCAUUGAGAUUCAAAAAAUAUAUUCUUUGGCAACAAAUGAACAAGGGAAAUGAGGUUUCAGCAGAUAUGGUUCUACAGCAUUACAGAUUUGAGAAUAAUCAGCCAGUUUACAGCGAAUAUAAAGCCAAAGUAAUAGGAACUGAGGAAAGCCAAGGCAAGGUAUCUGAAUCUUCACCGACUGAGAAUACUGAGCCUUUUUCUGUGCAACUCAGGAAAUCCAGUGAAACUGACAAAGAUGUAAUGGGGAGUGAGAAGAUAGAAGUGGGAAAUGAAAAAGAAGCCCUUUCCCAAAGAUUCACUCUGAUCACUUCCUGGGCAGAACCUGCCGUUCUUUCCAUCUCUCCAUCAGAAAUUCAAGAGUGUGCAGAUUCCUUAUUCACUAGAAGUCCAAAAGCCAACAAGCCAUUAGAUGAAAUAUCUCCUAUGAUGACAACCACUGAGCUGGUGCUUAACAGUAUCAGUGCAGAAGCACCAUUUGCUUUGCCAAAUAUAAUUGGGAUUGAGAAGAAAGAUGGAUAUGCACAGUAUGAUCUGGUGCAGCUCCUAGCCUUGUUCUUGCACAGCGUGCUUUGGAUUUAUCGGCCUAUCAAGCAGUUCUUCUAUGACAUCAUUUAUCCUGAGAGCAGCCCAGUCCGUGAUAUCUAUGUUUUCAUCUUCAUUGCUGAUGUGAUUAAUUUUAUUAUUACCAUCUUUGGACAUGGGGCAUUUGGGAGGCAUUCAGAGGAUGAUAUAGCAGAAUCCCUUUUGGAAGAUGAAGUCCCUGGACCUUGGCUUGUGAUACUCUUGAUACAGUUUGGCACCAUAAUAAUUGAUAGGGCACUCUACUUAAGAAAGAACACGUUUGGGAAGUGUGUUUUCCAAAUGAUCUUGGUCUUUGGCGUUCAUAUUUGGAUGUGUUUCAUUUUGCCACAAGUAACACAAAGGAGAUUUAACAGGAAUAGAUUGGCUCAGCUGUGGUAUUUGGUCAAGUGCAUUUAUUUUGGUUUGUCCGCAUAUCAGAUCAAAUGUGGCUACCCAAAUCGGACCAUGGGCCACUUUUUAACCAAGAAUUACAACUAUAUAAACCUCCAUUUAUUUCAAGGAUUCCGCAUACUACCUUUCUUGAUUGAGCUGAAGGCUACUAUGGACUGGGUCUGGACUGAUUCUACACUCAGCUUGUCCAGUUGGAUCUGCCUAGAGGAUAUUUAUGCAAAUAUUUUCAUUCUAAAAUGUCAGAGAGAGUGUGAAAAAAAAUAUCCCCAACCUCCUGGGCAGAAGAAGAAACCAAUUAUGAAAUAUGGGAUGGGUGGCUUCACUAUCUUCUUACUUGUCUUCAUUGUAUGGUUCCCACUUCUUCUUAUGUCAUUGAAAUCUGUGGCAGGUGUCACCAACCAGCCUCUGGAUGUUUCUGUCAAAAUUACCAUCAGUGGUUAUGAGUCCUUGUUCACUAUGAGUGCUCAGCAACAAAAUCUGGUUCCUUUCACUCAUGCAGUAUAUAAUCAAUUCACUGCUCAAUAUGCUCUCUAUCCUUCUGCCUCAUACUUUAUAGAUCGCUAUAGCCCAGAGGACAUUGUAAUUGCUAAAAUAAAAGGCAAUGCCAGCCUGCUUUGGAGCAUCAGUCCAGGGAAUCGAAAAGCUAUGAUCACAGAGCUCUCCAAUUCCUCUGCAGUGUAUGUCAACUUUCACUGGACUCUUACCAGGAAUGCUUCUCUUGUGACGAAUACUGAAGCAUCUGGUGUACGUACUGUGCGAUAUGGAGAGAAGGAAAUAAGGGACCAAAUCGUUCACAUGCUCUCUGGGACUCGGACUGAACCAAUAAUUCCCCAGUCAGAACCCAGGUCUUUGCUCCCUGUAUUACAAGACGUAAAUAGAAUUAAUAUCAGCACAGGCAUGUGUUUUGUUAUGAGGAAGAAAGUGCGGGAAGCAGAGACUAACUUGUUUUCAACAGUUCAUUCCCAGAAGUUAGAAGACAUUGAUGCGAUGGCCUUCUUCAGAAAUAUAACCAUAAAGCUGCAGCGUUUGCCAGACAAGGAGUCUUCAAGUCAUGUUUCUGAAUGGUGGAUUGUUAAAGAGCAGAAGCCUCUCUGUUUGGAUAACAGAUGCAGCAAGAAUAUGGAGAUUAUAAUUUGUAACGAUAAAGUUAGUCCUUCUGGUCUGGGAUUCGUCACUGCAUAUGGCAUUGCCGGUCUCUAUAUGUCAUUUGUUUUGGUUAUUGGGAAAUUCAUCCGAGAGUAUUUCAAUGGCCUCUCGCGUUCCAUCAUGUUCGAAGAGCUGCCCAAUGUGGACCGCAUCCUGAAACUGUGCACAGAAAUCUUCUUGGCCAGAGAGGCUGGAGAAUUGGAGCUAGAAGAGCAGCUUUUUGCUAAACUCAUCUUUCUGUACAGAUCACCUGAAACGAUGAUCAAAUGGACCAGAGAACGCAAGGAAAAAUAAAAAAAGCAACAUGGAUGGGAGAUUACCCCUAAGGAACUCUACAAAAAACGGGGCCUGUACUUGGGAGUUGGGCAUCAUUCCACAGGACAUCAAGGCAAUGUUGUUUUGGUGUAUUGGAUAUUUAUUGUACAUGUAUUGCAUUAGGGAGGUGUGCAACUAUAUGUGAGAUUUAAUAUCCAGGGUGUGAUAUGCAGUUUUAUAUUGCACAGAUGCUGAACAGUGAUUUAGGCCAGGGAAAAUCCUCAGUGAGUGGAAAAUGCUCCUAUGAUUCUCCCCCCCUUUUGAUUGUAUGCAGUCAGUUGAACAGGGCAGUAAAAUUAGCAAUGAAUUAGGAAUUACGUCUUUAAUUUGUCAAAUAAUUGUGGCAUGAACAAAAUGAAAUGUUACAUAGGCAUACAAAUAAAAUACAGUUUUGUAUCCUGGGACUUUCUGUGUUCUCUCUUGCCCACUAAGAUUCCCAGAUCGUCACGUCCAUGUUUAGUGGUAGAUAUUCCCAUAUGGUGGUAGAACACAGAAUAAUGACUUUGCCCUAGGAAAACAAGAGUCUGCCUGAAGGUUAAAAAGUUUUCCUAAUAGUGACAGCACUUUAAUAAUGGAACCAAUUAUCUAUAAAGAUAAUAACUCCCUUAUGCUGGAUAUAUUCAAGCAGAAACUGAAUAUCUGUCAUAGACGCUAUGAUUCUUGCAGUGAAUACCUAAUUGGAUACUCAUUAACACUAAGGUUUUAAUGUUAGUAAUGGGUUAAAAGAUAGCAUGGUCCUACUUUAGGCCUUUGACACAAAAGGUAAAGUAAAAAUGCAUUAGAUCCAGCCAACCCAGCCCUUUGUUUCCAGAAAGGGCUGGCUCUUCUUGGAACCACCAUGGUCCCAAUUGCUCUCAUGACCUAUGAGUUAUUAACUGCUCCAGUUGCAUUUAGCUGCCUUCCAUCAAUAUAGCAAUCUGUGUAUCUUCCAUAAAUUUCUCUAACAUCUUUGGAACACCUUCAGGGAUUAGCAGAAAAAAUGCAUUGUAAAUCUGA